AUGGCAGGAAGAAAACCAGACCUGUCAAAGAUGUGGGUGUUUGGCUCAGAGUGUUACAUUUAUAACUAUGAUCAUAAGAAACUAGACCCUAGGUGUAUGAAAGGAGUAUUUGUCGGUUAUGAUAAGAACAGCCCAGCCCACCUUGUUUAUCACCCACAGUGUGGUAAAGUCAUGAAACACAGAUUAGUAAAGUUUAUUAAGAAUACCAGUGCAGAACAAUGCACACAGACUGAAAUUGAUGAUCUAGGCCUUUGUAGAAAGGAGGAAAAUGAAAUUUCCCCAAAUGAUGUUCAGGGACAGGAAAAAGAUUUUCCCGAACCUGAAGAAAUUGUUGAAAACUUAGAUUUAGGCGAAGGGCCACAGUUAGGUGUUGAAGAUAGUAAAGAGGUUGAAGAUGAUCAUGAGGCUAAGGUUUAUCCUCAGAGGGAGAGAAAAGCCCCACAAUAUUUAGGAGUCAAUAAUUCAGCCAAUGUAAAUGUUGAUUAUUGUUAUAAAGUUUGCGGUGUGCCACAAACGUACACUAAAGCUAUGGAGUCCCCUGAAGCUUCAGGUUGGGAGAAGGCCAUGAAAGGUGAGAUGGAAGCACUCAAGGAGAAUGACACGUUUGAAUUAACCACCUUACCAGAGGGUAAGAAUUUAGUGGGGGGAAGAUGGAUCUAUACCAUCAAGGAGGAGGCAAAUGGUUUGGAAACAUUGAAAGCAAGAUAUGUUGCAAAAGGGUACAGUCAAGUGCAUGGUAUUGACUAUAAGGAAACUUUUUCCCCAACUGCCAACAUUACAUCAAUCAGAAUCCUUAUGCAACUGCUGCUCAAUAUAAUCUUACUGUUCAUCAGAUGGAUGUCAAAACAGCUUUCCUUCAUGCCCCUAUUAACCAUGAAAUAUUCAUGGAGCAGCCUAUGGGCUUUGAAGAGUUGUCAGAGAACGGUGUCAAAUUAGUCUACAGGUUGAAGAAAUCUCUUUAUGGUCUUAAGCAGUCGGGUAGGAACUUGAACAGGGUGUUAGACGAGUACUUGAUAAGCGAUGGAUUUGUUAGAAAUCCAGUUGACCAUUGUGUUUAUCAAAAACAAACAGGUGAAGAUAUCAUAAUUGUAGUUAUAUGGGUUGAUGAUCUGAUUAUAGCUUCAAAUAACACAGAUAAGAUCAGUCAAUUCAAGGAAAACAUGAAAUCUAAAUUCAGGAUGAAGGACUUGGGAGAAAUUUCCUAUUUCUUGGGUAUUAGCUUUAAACAAGGAAAUGGAGUUAUUAAAAUGAAUCAGAAAAGAUAUAUUCAGAAAAUACUGGAUAGAUUUGGUAUGUCUGAUUGUAAGCCUAGAACAACCCCAUGCGAGCAGAGAUUUGAGGGCAUGAGUGAUAGUGAACAGGUAGACCCAAGGAGAUAUAGAGAGAUUGUAGGUAGUCUGAUUUACUUGAUGACAUGUACCAGACCAGAUAUUAGUUGGGUGGUUAGCAAGCUAUCUCAAAAAUUGUCAUGUCCCAUGUUGGAAUAUUUAGUGACUGCAAAGCAUGUACUGAGAUAUUUAAAGGGCAGCAUGGAGCAUGAGUUGUGUUGUAGAAAGUGUGAUGGUGAGCUUAAUCUUAUUGCUUAUACAGACGCUGACUGAGCAUCUUCGUUGGAUGAUCGACACAGUACAACAGGGUACUGUUUUAGUUUAACGGAGAAUGGUCCUCCCAUAUUGUGGAAGUCUAAGAAGCAACCCACAAUUGCGCUUUCAACUUGUGAAGCAGAGUAUGUAAGUUUAGCAGCCACUACUCAGGAAAGUUUAUAUUUGAUGCAGUUACUUAACAGUAUGGAUAGCAAAAUAUAUACAUGCACGCGAAUAUAUGAGGAUAAUCAAGGGGCAAUAGCCUUAAGUAAAAAUCCGGUAAGUAGACAAAGAUGCAAACAUAUUAUCAUUUCAUAUUAUCAAACAUUAAGUAUCAUUUCUUACGAGAAGUAUUAAUAAGUGGUAAAAUAGACAUUGUUUACUGUCAAACAGAACAUAUGGUGGCAGACAUACUUACUAAACCAGCUACCAAAGUUAAACUGGACAGGUUUAGACCCAUCCUAUUUGGGUUACAAUCCAUGUAAUUAACGUUUGUUGGGUUUUUUUGGCUAGGUUGAUAGUGGGGGUGGGCAUGCAUGUAAUUAACACGUGUGAAGAUUUAGUAGUUAAGCAAAGUUAAAAAAAAAUGUAAAUAACUUUAGUUCAUGAAACCAAGUGGGGGUGUUGCGCAAUGUUUUCAUGUUAUUCAUAUUACGUCAUAUCCUAUGAGAAGAGCAUCAUGGGAUCGGAGAACACUGAUGCCCCGUGUGUGUGUCUCGAAUUAUGUUAUGUAAAAACCUUUAUAAAACUUAUAAUAUAUAAUAAAAUAUACCGAAAUAAACCAAAUGAGUUCAACACUAAAGCUUUAAUUUUUUGUCUUUUUUGAAACGUAUUAUUGGAGUAUUGGCAAGUUUUACCAUUCAGAGAUUUACAAACGAAUAUUGAAACUGUAAAAGACAGUUUUAUGUAUACGCGUAUUCACUAAUUAUUAAUGACAACUUAUAAGCCAUACAUUUUCCGAUAACGACAAGACGCUUGUGUAGCCUUUAGUCGCUCUCAGUGACUAAUCAUUUUUUUGUUGGGGGCUUGCCCUCCCCCCCCCCCCCUGGGGGUAAACACCGAAAACCGAAUAAAGUCAAGUUAUUUUGUUGCUUUCUCUUUGAUUAUAUACGCAGCAUUGAGUUUACUCCUGUCAGUAAUUACAAUGUAUAUAAUUAUUCUAUGUACGUACCUAUACGCAUAAAUUAUCACAAUUGAGCACCCCAAAUACUGGAGAUUUUGAGGUCAUGUGACCGACCGAUGCCAGGGCCAUUUUCGCUCACCGGAAGCAAAAUGCUGUGGGUACGAGGUUGAUCAUAUACUCUAUCAAGAUGUGAUAGUCUGGUACCUUAGCAGAGGCCAUUGUGUUAUCUUUUUCUGAGUUACUUGAUGUUAAUUUGUGCACGAUCACGGUGAUCGACGGAUCAAAAUGAAGCAAAGGCCUUCUAUUUUGUAGCUUUGAAGUUCGCCGGCCUUCCAGACCAUCAUGGAAGGGAAGAAAAGAAGAAGUCAACAAAACAAAGAAAAGAGAAGAAACAAAAUAAAAGAAGAAGACAAGAAACAAAAGAAGAAAAAGAAGAAACGUAAAGCCAACAAAACCGUGAAGAAGAAGCCAAAAAAACAAAGAAAAGAGAAGAAACAAAAGAAAAGAAGAAGAGAAGAAACAAAAGAAGAAGAAAAGAAAACCAACAAAACAGUGAAGAAGAAGCCAACAAAAACGUGA